GGUAGGAAGGAGCUGCCUUUACAGCUAAUUACCUCCGCGCACAACCAAGAUAAGCCAGCCGGGGAGGUGGACCCCCUGAAGGGCCUUCGGGUCUGGGCAAUGCCUGAUUGGCAGAUGUGGGGAGAUCCUUUAGGAAUCCAGUGCAUCAAUGAACUGCAAAAAUUCAGCACGGGACUGGACUACUUCAGGCAUGAGGACAGUUUGUGAACGCUUUCUGGAAACGCAGCCCCGACAUGGACAGAACCUUGGAGUCUUUGCAACACAUAAUUGCCCGCGUUCUUCCUCAUAGGGACCCUGCCCUGGUAUUUAAAGACUUGAAUGUCGUAGCAAUACUGCAGGAGUUCUGGGAAAGCAAGCAGAAGCAGAAGGCCGUAUUUCUGAGUGAAGGCACCGUUGUGUACGAGUCACUGAGCUCCUUGGGCCCCCCGUUUGUAAGCUAUGUCACCCUGCCAGGGGGAAGCUGCUUUGGCAACUUUCAGAGCUGUUUAAGCAGAGCAGAGGCAAGGCGAGAUGCUGCAAAAGUGGCUUUGAUCAAUUCUCUCUUCAAUGAAUUGCCCUGUCGCAGGAUCACAAAGGAAUUCAUCAUGGAAAGCGUUCGGGAGGCCGUUUCCUCAACCAGCGGUAACUUAAAGGACGCCGAUGACCCAAGCACUAGUAUUGGAGCCUAUCACUACAUGCUGGAGUCUAACAUUGGAAAGACAAUGCUGGAAUUUCAGGAGCUGAUGAUCAUCUUUCAGCUUUUGCACUGGAAUGGGAGCCUUAAAGCCCUACGUGAAACAAAGUGUUCCCGGCAGGAAGUAAUUUCCUACUACUCCCAGUAUUCCUUAGAUGGAAGGAUGAGAAGUCACAUGGCCCUCGACUGGAUUAUGAAGGAGCAAGAAUCUCCAGGAAUUAUUUCUCAAGAGCUGCAAGUGGCGCUUAGAGAACUGGAGGAAGCCAGGAAAGCUGGGCAGGAAUUGAGGUUUUACAAAGAAAAGAAAGAAAUAUUGAGCUUAGCACUGAGUCAGAUCUACAGUGAUCAAGUUACCUCUUCCUCACAGGAUGAUCAAAUGAGCUUGGCCCUGCGUGGCUACCACAAACCUUGAAGAAGGUGUUUGACAUUGAACUAUAACAUGCAUAUUUUUCUCUGUUGAAAAGACCACAUGCAUAACUUGGUAACAUUCUUUUCACUGGCUGUUUUAAUUUCGGUAUCUAGAAGCACUGACAUCUUUUUUAUUUUUUUUUUUCAACUUUUCAUUUUAAUGGAGAGAAACUCUUCGGGUCAAUGAAGUACUGAUACUAUGCUAUACAUAAAUCUUAAAGGCAAACAAACUGCAGAAAACUUUCAUGGUCAUCUGGAGAUUGAAGUGUUGUUCUGCACAAAGACUGUGCACAUUUUCCUUGACAAAAAUGUAAAAGCUAUAAUCAAAAACCUACAGACUAUUAGCAGUAAAAGAUAAAACAUUAGGCACUGGUAUCUUUUUACUCCCAAACUCCUUCACAGCACCUAUGCUUCCUCCUGGCAGCGCUAGCAGGUGCUAUGGCUGAAAUUCAUUUAGUCUGUUUAUUCAAGGGCAGGAAUAGUCUUCUAAGCAAAAAAGCUGCACCACGCAAUUAGUGUUCCAGGUUUCACCUGUUUCAAUCUCUGCUGAAGUCAAACAAGACAUUGUGAAGUUUUAAGGGCAUAAAUUAGGAAAAUUAUUAGAUGGACUGUGUUCUGCCUAGUACGAAUAACAGAUGCCAUGUGGUAAUAGCUUCUUUUAUGACUUUGGAAAACUGCCACGCUCUGAUUCUGCUGUCAAGCAAGAUCUCUCACCAGGAGAGUUUCUCUUUUUCUUCCCUUUCAGAGAACAGUGAUUCACAUGCACUGAAGCAAAUAGCUACUGAGCUUUAAGAUCUUCCCUUCCCCCACCCCGUCAGUCCAAUUCUUCUGCCAGAAGUUACCACCCCAGGAGCAGAGUCAGCAGCAUGUGCCUGUAUGAGGCGCACACAUACGCUUGUCAGCCUGCUAUUUUAGCUGCUGAUGAAGGCAAACAUGUGCUAAGUAAGAAGCCAGACAAUGAACGUGGACACAUUUCCUCCUGAUUCUUCUGCUCUGUAGUAGCUUCUGCAAGAAGAACGGAGACCUGGCAGAGCUGUAGUUUAAAUCAUCUCAGUGACCUCAGCAGUAAUUCCUAACAUCAUUAAAAUAUACCUUCAAACGUCAUGAAUUUCAGCAUAAAAGAGAGAGACUUCAGACAGAGGAGGAAGAGGUGAAGAGAGUUCAUUUUAGUCUCUAGCACAAGUAUGGGCCCAGCUAUGUCACUAUUCUGAAAUAAAGAGACAUGGGAACCGGUCAGAAGGAAUGAUCCUGCAGUAAAAUCAUCCACACCACUGGUAAUUGCAGCCCACUGCUGUGGGACGCAGCCUCACUCCAGAGAGAGAUAGCUGAGCUCUCUGAUGAAGGAUGUGUGAUGCUUGGCCAGGGUUCAGGCUUCGCAGAGAGGGAGAGCCAAGUCACCCUUAGAGUACUGUAGCCCACCUACAGUAACCGCAGCUGGGGGGGGGGAAAAAAAAAAAAAAAAGGCAGAGGGAGCACACAGUUUUGGAAAUUUUUGGAGGUUUAUUUUUGAAGGAGCCACUUCACUUGGCAGACAAACAACCACUACUGUUUUCGUUGGUGGUGGUGCUGGCCUAUUGAACAUGGAGCUUCCACAGAAGGAAAGAAAAGAAAGCAGCCUUUUCAGUAACCUGAUAGUGGCAUGGACUUGAAGAGUUUGGGAUUCUUUACUUAUUUCAUCCCACUGAGGAAGGCGCUCAGUUUAUUGGCAGGAAUCAAAUAUAGAAGGCGUCCCAAGAACAGAAAUUCCUCUUAAACAUUGUUAUUUUGGAUGAAAAAUGGGUGUAAAAAAGGUGGGAUCUUGACCUGCAUACCAGAAAAUACAAAAUUCUGAUUUUUUUUUUUCCUAACUUUUAAAACUUUGCUUGGGUCACUGUAAAAUGCCCUUUGUUCAGGACAUUUCAAAUAUAUAACAACAAAAUGAAAAUAAUUUUUAUACACCACCAAGAAGUUGUAUAUACUUCCCUGUGCAUUUAUGCUGAGUAAUUUAGGUAGGGGGUUGACUCCCGUCAAUGUGGUAUCUAAAAUAUUUA